UCAAGAUCAAGAUGUUCCGUAGUUGCGGUUUCGGUUUCUGCGGAAAUGUUCAUAUCCAAGAAACCGGGGGAUUGUAUUCCGUUGCAGUAAAAUGAGUUUAGGUACCUUCUAAAUUAUCUAGUGUAGCUGUCCCACAUAGUCCUGGUUACCUAGUGUAACUGAAAGUCAUAUAGAAUAUGUUUAGACUUCUUUUUUCUUUUUCUUGAAACACAUGUUUAGACUUCAACUUCAUUUUUUUCUUCUUGAAACACAUGUUUAGACUUCAUAGUCCAUCAAUAAUCUUUGUGUCAUUUAGCUUGAUCUAAAAUUUAGAAGCUGUUUUACAUUGAUAUUAGUUUUAGUGUUUUAUAUUUGAAACAAUUUAAGAAGUUUGUAAUUUAUUUUACAUUAAUCAAAUUUUGUUUGAACUGAUAUUAGAUAGGAAUUAAUUAAUAUGAUUAAAAAUAUUCUUGUAUUGAUUUAUUUAGUUUACAUGUCUGAUGGAAAUCAUAAAAGAAAUUAUUCACAACAAACUCUAACAUAAAUCCUUUUACAAAAAAAAAAAAAUACUCUAACAUAUAAUCAAAUAAUAUACUUUUUGCUAAUUUUUCAUAUAUCUUGUAGGCAUCCAAUUUUUAGUAUUUGUUUUUAACAAGUUAAAUAUAUAUUGACUGAGUUUUUCUAUUUUUGAACUAAUCAUUUUCGUUUUAUAAAUUAGUACUAACUGAAUAUUAAACCCAUUAGACGAAAAGUAACUAUAUUGGAUUAAAAAAAAAAAGAAAAAAAAAACCAAAUUUUGAAUUGGUUCGGUCGGCCGACAAAAAAAAAGGAUUGGUUCAGUCGGAACAAAACCGAUUGGUUUUAAUCAUGAAGCCCUAGGUUCUUAAAACUUUCGAUUUCUUUUCCUCUGCGCCCAGUUGUUCGUCUGGGAAGGAACGAAUCUGAAGUUGUGGAACAUGGAACAAUGUUUGAAGAAGCGAGAUGUUGUGAGGGAGGACAGAAUCAGUUCGUUACCGGAACCUUUGAUUCUGCAGAUAUUGUCUUUACUCCCAACAAAACUUGUCAUCGCCACAAGUGUCCUCUCUAAGCGAUGGCGGUCUGUUUGGAAAAAAGUGCCGAUUCUCCAGUUCGAAUCCAAAGGGAACAUACAGAAAUUCUCAGAGAAUGUUUCCAUGUCUUUGCUUUCACAUAAAUCUCCGGUCCUGGAGACUCUUCAUCUGAAAGUUAACGAUAGAUGCGAGGAUGUAUACAUUGGAAUAUGGGCUGGAAUUGCAGUUACACGCCAUGUGCGUGAGCUCGAGCUGGAUCUCGGUUAUCUUUGUGGCAACCCAGUCAGGUUCCCGAGCUGCUUGUUGUGUUUUGACACACUUGAGACGUUGAAACUCAAGCACUACAUUCUUCUAGAUAUUCCCUCUAUGGUAUCUCUCAAGUCCCUUAGAACUCUUCACCUUCAUUCUGUGGUGUACAAAGACAGUGAAUCGGUUCGUAACCUUUUCGCUAGCUGCCUUAAUCUUGAACAUUUGGUCGUCCAACGAGGUUUCCACUAUAAUGAUGGAGUGAGAUUCGUUAUUGAGUCUCCAUCUCUCAAGACAUUAUUGGUUUCUGGCGGCGAGACUUAUGGAAAACAGAAUGGGGGCUAUGUGAUAAACGUUCCGUCUUUGCAACACUUGACUAUUCAAAUGUUAAAAGGUUAUGAGUAUUGUCUGAUUGAGAACGCGCCUGAGCUAGUAGACGCGAAUAUUAUAAAUGUUUCUCAUACAACCAAUGAGACUAUUAUGGGGUCUCUCAAGUCAGCCAAACGUCUUUCCCUGGACUUAUCACCUUUGCAGAUUGCAUAUCCUACUGGAAUGGUCUUCCAUCAGCUGGUAUCUCUUGAGAUGUAUACACAUAAAGUGGCGUGGUGGAAUCUACUUGCGCUCAUGCUUGAUAGCUCUCCUAAACUACAAGUUCUGAAGCUUAUUGACCGUUCGUCUCAUCAGCCAAAGCUGGUUUCUGACAAGAAAGAUAUGCCCCCCGGGAAAUGGAAUCAACCAGAGAAUGUCCCUGAAUGUUUGUCGUCUCAUCUCGAGACAUUUGUAUGGACAAGACCUGAUUGGAUAAGAGAAGAGGAGAAAGAAGUGGCUAGAUACAUUCUAAGCAAUGCACAACAGUUGAAGAAGGCAACUUUCAUCAUCGAUCCCAUUGAACCGAAAAGGCUUUUCAGGUUAGCAAAAAGACGAGAGAUGCUCAACGAAUUGCCUGCUGUGAUCAUGGCUUCCAAGUCAUGCAACCUUGUUGUUGAAUCUGAAUGAUUUUAUAUGUAUCACUCUUUUUUAUCGCAUACGUUUGCGGUGUUUAGAUGGAUUUAUAUUGGUUUUGAAUAUGUUUUAUUGCAAAACUUUUGGUGGAGACCUCAGCAUCCUUUUUCUCAACUUCACAACAUGCAUAUAUUUUAAAGGGUGUGAGAGAGAGUCUCUCGGGUGUUUCUCUUGUAAACAGUGAUCUUGCAAUACAAACCGUACUCUUUUAUUA